CACAGGUGUCUUCGAAACAAACAAAAACGAAGCAGAAAAAAGUGAAAAAGGAAGAAAAAUCGAAAGGCCAUUGCUUUGAGAAGCAGAGGUCAUGGGUUCCAAACUUGUAAUGUGGAACGUGUUGGGCACCAAUGCAUUCUUGUUUCUGCUCUUGUUUUCGUGGUUCUCUUCUGUUACAGCCUCUGUGACUUACGACGACAAAGCUAUUAUCAUCAAUGGGCAGCGAAGGAUUCUCAUUUCAGGAUCUAUUCACUACCCACGAAGCACUCCUGAGAUGUGGCCAGACCUUAUUCAGAAGGCCAAAGAUGGAGGUUUGGAUGUUAUUCAAACUUAUGUCUUUUGGAAUGGACACGAACCUUCUCAGGGCAAUUAUUACUUCCAGGAUAGAUAUGAUCUGGUUGGGUUUAUCAAACUGGUGAAAGCAGCUGGCCUUUAUGUUCAUCUCCGGAUUGGUCCCUAUGUUUGUGCUGAAUGGAACUUUGGGGGCUUCCCUGUUUGGCUGAAAUACAUCCCAGGAAUGAGUUUCAGAACAGACAAUGAGCCUUUUAAGGCUGAAAUGAAAAAAUUCACGAACAAGAUUGUGGAUAUGAUGAAAGCAGAAAGAUUGUUUGAAUCUCAGGGUGGCCCAAUAAUUAUGUCUCAGAUAGAGAACGAAUAUGGACCUGUAGAGUAUGAAGUUGGAGAUACUGCCAAGGCUUAUACGAAAUGGGCAGCAGAAAUGGCUGUGGGUCUUGGCACUGGAGUCCCAUGGGUCAUGUGCAAGCAAGAUGAUGCCCCUGAUCCCAUAAUAAACACCUGCAAUGAUUUCUAUUGUGACUGGUUCUCUCCUAACAAAGCUUACAAACCCAAGAUGUGGACAGAAAAUUGGACUGGCUGGUUUACUGAGUUUGGUGGUGCAGUUCCUUACAGACCAGCAGAAGAUGUGGCAUUUUCAGUUGCAAGGUUUAUACAGAAAGGCGGGUCGUUCGUUAACUAUUACAUGUAUCAUGGAGGAACAAACUUUGGGCGGACAGCCGGUGGUCCCUUCAUCGCUACUAGCUAUGAUUAUGAUGCUCCAAUUGAUGAAUAUGGACUACUAAGACAACCUAAAUGGGGCCAUUUGAGAGAUCUGCAUAAAGCCAUCAAGCUUUGUGAACUGGCUUUAGUUUCUGUUAAUCCAACUGUGACAUCACUUGGGAACAAUCAAGAGGCUCAUGUCUUCAAGUCGAAGUCUGGAGCUUGUGCUGCAUUCCUUGCGAACUAUGACUCAAAUUCUUUUGCAACAGUUUCUUUUGGGAAUAUGAAUUACAAUCUGCCUCCUUGGUCCAUAAGCAUCCUUCCUGACUGCAAGAACACUGUUUUCAACACUGCAAGGGUUGGGGCCCAAAGUGCACAAAUGAAGAUGACUCAAGUGACAGACCUAGGAUUCUCUUGGCAAUCAUACAAUGAAGAGAUAACCUCUGAUAGUGACAGUUCAUUUACAGUCGCCGGGUUGCAGGAGCAGAUAAAUACCACUAGAGAUUCCACGGACUAUUUGUGGUACAUGACAGAUGUGAAGAUAGAUCCAAACGAAGGGUUUCUGAACAAUGGGCAAUAUCCUGUCCUCACGGUGAUGUCAGCAGGCCAUGCUUUGCAUGUUUUCAUCAAUAGUGAGCUAUCAGGAACCGCCUAUGGGAGUUUGGAGAACCCAAAACUGACAUUCAGUGAGAGUGUGAAGCUGAGAGCUGGCAUCAACAAGAUCUCUCUAUUAAGUUUAUCUGUUGGCCUCCCGAACGUUGGAAUCCAUUUUGAGACAUGGAACGCUGGGGUGCUCGGUCCAGUUACAUUGAAUGGUCUCAAUGAGGGGACAAGAGACCUGUCAUGGCAGAAUUGGUCUUACAAGAUUGGUUUAAAGGGAGAAGAUUUGAGGCUCCACACAGUCACUGGUAGUUCUUCUGUUGAGUGGGUACAAGGAUCACAAGUGGCUCAAAAGCAGCCUCUGACAUGGUACAAGGCUAUUUUCAAUGCACCAGCUGGGAAUGAGCCAUUGGCUUUAGAUAUGAACAGCAUGGGAAAAGGUCAAAUCUGGAUAAAUGGUCAGAGCAUUGGACGCCACUGGCCAGCAUAUAAAGCAUCUGGUACCUGUGGUGGCUGUAGUUAUGCUGGAUAUUAUAAGGAGACGAAAUGCCAGAGUAAUUGUGGAGAGGCCUCUCAAAGAUGGUAUCAUGUUCCACGUUCAUGGCUUAACCCUACUGGAAACCUAUUGGUUGUAUUUGAAGAAUGGGGUGGUGAUCCUACUGGUAUUUCUCUAGGGAGUAGAACAGUAGCAAGCGUCUGUGCUGAUAUUUUUGAAGGGCAGCCGACGCAUACAAGUUUUCAGAUGCAAGCCUCUGGUAAAGUUCAAGGACCCCUCAGGCCCAAGGCACAUCUCUGGUGUGCACCAGGGCAGAAAAUCUCAUCAAUAAAGUUUGCUAGCUUUGGGACUCCACAAGGUGUGUGUGGAAGCUUCCAGGAAGGCAGUUGUCAUGCUCACAAGUCGUACAAUGCUUUUGAAAAGCAUAGCGAAGCAGCAGCUUGCAUCCCUCUUCAUCAAAAAAAUGGGAACACCCAAUCAAGAUGCCCAAAGGAAACUAUCUUGACAAUCUUUACAAGUGAGAAGCAUGUCAGCAGCAACGUCGGAAAUCCAUCAACAUAGCCCUGCUACAUAACACUAGAAAAAAAGG